CGGCAACAGCAACGCCUUCGACGGCCUCGUCAGCAGCAGUAAAUACAACUUACUGCAGCUACCACUCACGUCCGAGUCACGUCCGAGCUAGAUAGCAAAUAGCUCAUACAUACGCACCCCUCACCCUCUUCUUUACCGCCGCCUAAGGCACAGCUUUGUGCCUACUUUACGGCACCCUCUCCACCAAUUAGCGGCUCAUGAGCAGCAACUCUGGAUCAUUGACAGCCAUGCUUGGACGAGUAUCCCAGAGGAAAUCUUUCUUCAAUUUCCGCCGAGAUAUAAACCCUAAAUCCCACCUCCUCGAGACUACAGUCCUCCUCCUCGCCCUUUCGUUUGGCAUCCAAGACUCAGCAACCUACCCCAUCUUCCAGUGUUUCGCCUCCAACCAAACAGGCAACACUGUCCUCUUCGCCAUCCACAUUUUCCACCUCACCUCUGACGACCGCCUCUCUCACACCAUCGUCCCUAUUGCAAUCUCUCUCGGUGCCUUCCUCGCUGGCGCAAUCUUCUUCGGCCAGGUCGCGUGCCUGCUCCGCUCCGUGCGUCGGAAAUGGUGGCUCCUCGUCUCUUCCAGCCUCCAGACUGCCAUUGUCGCGUCCGCUGCAGGCAUCCAGCUCGGGUAUGCCGCCGCAAGGAAAUCCGACACGCCAAUCGGACGAGCUGCUCUUGCUCUGCAGGCUGUGGCAGCAGGUGGGCAAGUCAGCAUGGUGCGCGGCCUGAUGAUGUCGGACUUGACGACUACGAUGGCCACGGCAGCCCUCGUAGACGUCCUGAUUGAUCCGCAGCUUUUUGCCGCUCCGGCGAAGAAUAUCGGGCGGAAUCGUCGCGUGGGGUUUCUGAUUGCUCUGGUGGCGGGGAGUUUUAUUGGCGCGGCGGUUUAUAAGAAUAACGGGCCGGGUCUUACCCUGAUGGUUGGCUUUAUCAUCAAAGCUCUAGCGACGGGUAUGCUGCUCUUCAAUAGCACUGUGCCUGAUGACGAAGAGGGUGGAUGAUUUUGGGUCUGAAUAUACCACUGUCCGUGUGAGACGUCGAAUUUUCUAUAGUCCAAUGUACCUAGAAGAGUUGUCUAUUAUUGAUCACACUAUUCCCAGACCCGAAUUGUAUUUAGUCACUUCUUAUAUCGUUUUUGCUACCCACUUUGCAGCCGUAUUAUCUGUAG